UGGUGGAACAGUGGGUGAUGGCAUCCCUGCUGCAAGGCCGGCUACCCAUCAGUCAAGAUGUGCUGCUGAUGCAGAAAGGUAUGCUGAUGCGCAAGGUGAGAUCCAAAAACUGGAAGAAGCUAAGAUACUUCAGACUUCAGGAAGAUGGCAUGACUGUCUGGCAUGCCCGGCAGGUCGGAGGCAGAGCCAAGGCCAGCUUCUCGAUCUCUGACGUGGAGACAGUGCGUAAUGGCCAUGAAUCUGAGUUGUUGCGCAGCCUGGCAGAGGAGUUCCCCCUGAAGCAAGGCUUUACCAUCGUCUUCCAUGGCCGCCGCUCCAACUUGGACCUGGUGGCCAACAGUGUGGAAGAGGCCCAGAUCUGGAUAAAGGGGCUCCAGCUAUUGGUGGACUUUGUCACCAGCAUGGACCAACAGGAGAGGCUGGACCAAUGGCUGAGUGACUGGUUCCAGCGUGGAGACAAAAACCAGGAUGGUCGGAUGAGUUUCCAAGAAGUCCAGCGGUUACUACGCCUGAUGAAUGUGGAAAUGGAACAAGAAUACGCCUUUCAGCUUUUCCAGGCAGCAGACACGUCCCAAUCUGACACUCUGGAAGGACAAGAAUUUAUAGAGUUCUACAAGGCAUUGACUAAGCGUGUUGAGGUGCAGGAACUGUUUGGAAACUUUUCGGCUGAUGGGCAGAAGCUGACCCUGUUGGAAUUUGUGGAUUUCCUUCAAGAGGAGCAGAAAGAAGGAGACCAUGCUUCUGACCUUGCUCUGGCACUCAUUGACCGUCAUGAGCCUUCAGAAAGUGGCAAGCUGCGGCAUGUGCUGAGCAUGGAUGGCUUCCUCAGUUACCUCUACUCGAAGGACGGAGACAUCUUCAAUCCAUCCUGCCUCCCCAUCUACCAGGAUAUGACUCAACCCCUGAACCACUAUUACAUCAACUCCUCUCACAACACCUACCUGGUGGGGGACCAGCUUUGUGGCCAGAGCAGCGUCGAGGGAUAUAUACGGGCCCUGAAGCGAGGGUGCCGCUGUGUGGAGGUGGAUGUAUGGGAUGGACCUAGUGGGGAGCCUGUUGUUUACCAUGGACACACUCUGACCUCCCGUAUCCUGUUCAAAGAAGUCGUGGCCACUUUAGCACAGUAUGCCUUCCAGACAUCAGACUAUCCAGUCAUCUUGUCCCUGGAGAACCACUGCAGCUGGGAACAGCAGGAGAUCAUAGCACACCAUCUGACCGAGAUCCUGGGGGAACAGCUGCUGAGCACCACCUUGGAUGGGCAGCUGCCCACUCAGCUGCCCUCACCGGAGGAGCUACGGAAGAAGAUCCUGGUAAAGGGGAAGAAGUUACAAACACUUGAGGAGGAUCUUGAAGAAGAGGAAGAGCCAGAGACUGAACUAGAAGGGGAGCAGGAGCCUGAGCUGGAAACCCAGUUUGACUCUGAGACCCAGGAGCUGAGCCCUCGCAGCAAGGACAAAAAUGAGAAGAAAUCCAAGGCCAUCUUGUGUCCAUCCCUCUCUGCCCUGGUUGUCUAUACAAAGACUGUUUCAUUCUACAACUUCACUCAUUCGAGGGAGCACUACCGCUUUUAUGAGUUAUCAUCUUUCUCUGAAACAAAGGCCAAGAACCUCAUCAAGGAGACUGGCAAUGAGUUUGUGCAGCAUAACGCCUGGCAGUUGAGCCGUGUGUAUCCCAGUGGUCUGAGGACAGAUUCAUCCAACUACAACCCCCAGGAAUUCUGGAAUGCAGGCUGCCAGAUGGUGGCUAUGAAUGUGCAGACUGCGGGGCUUGAGAUGGACAUCUAUGAUGGGCUUUUCCGCCAGAAUGGUGGCUGUGGCUACGUGCUGAAGCCAGACUUCCUACGUGAUACCCAGAGCUCCUUCCAACCGGAGAGGCCCAUCAGCCCGUUCAAAGCCCAGACCCUCCUAAUCCAGGUGAUCAGUGGUCAACAACUCCCCAAAGUGGACAAGACCAAAGAGGGAUCCAUUGUGGAUCCACUGGUGAGAGUGGAGAUCUUUGGUGUUCGCCCAGACACAACCAGGCAGGAGACCAGCUAUGUGGAGAAUAAUGGUUUUAAUCCAUACUGGGGGCAGACACUAUGCUUCCAGUUGCUGGUACCUGAGCUGGCCAUGCUGCGUUUUUUGGUAAUGGAUUACAACUGGACAUCCCGAAAUGACUUUAUCGGUCAGUACACUUUGCCUUGGACCUGCAUGCAACAAGGUUACCGCCACAUACACCUGCUCUCCAAGGAUGGCACCAGCCUCCACCCAGCUUCCCUCUUCGUGCACAUCUGCAUGCUGGAAGGGCUGAGGGAGGAGGUUGAAUCUUAAGGUGGGCACUUCAUGGGAAGGGUGGGUGUACUUGCUUCAGAUGGUAAGAGAAACCUGGAAGGAUGCUCCAGAAAGCAGAGGUGAUGAAAACCAAGCAUGGUUGUGCAUUCCUAAGCAUAAAGUUACCUCACCCUUCCUAACAAGCAAAUCUAGGGCCUGAUUUUUCACCUGCUUUCUCUUUCCUUUCUUCAUUUUCACAAACUUUUGGUAUCUUUCCUGCCCUUCCCUUUUGCGUACUCUAUCCUGGAAUUCCUUCCUUCCUUUUGCUGUAGGCUUAGUCCCUACCCAGACCUAGGACUAAUCUCUCUUAUCAACUCUGGCUCAAAGGCAGAUUGCAACUACAAAUCCAGAGGGGUUUGGGGCAAAGAAACCCAAAGAGGCAUUAUCCUCUCCCCAACAACUUCCUCAAAGGUCAGAGCCAAGGAAAGGAAAAAUCAAGCCUCAAGCCUCCCUAAGCAAAGACUGGGGAGAGAACUGACCCCAAGACUGUACUGUGACUCUCAAGAAAACACUACACAGCCCCGAGUCCACACUGGUCUGCUCCUUCCUAGCCCCACCAGUGUUAAUAGAGCUGC